AUGCAACAGGUUUUGGCUAUGUUGGACUCGAAAACACCUUUAGAGAAACUAGCUGCCCACGCUGACAGAAUCAAAGAGUGUUACCCCAUUGGUGCCUCGUGUUCCACUAUUCAACAGCCACGGCCUUCCAAAGGCAAGCCCCAUCAGGGCAUUGACUCUGAUUCAGAAGGCCCACCAUUAUCAGAGCACGACACUCCCUAUACGGAAAAAGCGUCAUGCUGUUGCACAACCCGACGAGCGCCCACGUCAGCCGGUCCUCCCAGGACACCCACAGGCGCUUAUCGCACCGACUACGACGACCUAAGAGACACGGUGCGCCUCCUUUGCACUCAGGUGAGCAACAUGUGCUCUGCGCUUAACAGUCUUCAAGCGGCUAGAAAACAGCCAUACUCACAUCGUCGGUCUAAAUCCCGUGAGCGGUGUUCACAACCCUUAUGUUGGUAUCAUCGCCCUUAUGGCCCGAAAGCCCGAAAGUGCAUACCUCCUUGUUCGUUCGCUCGCUUGUCCUCCACAGUUAAACGACCACGCCAGCCAGUAAUGGCGACGACUGAUGCUGGCCCGUCGCGACCCAGUAGCCUUUUCUAUAUCAACGACAAGUCGAGCGGCCUUCGUUUCCUGGUUGAUACCGGUGCCGAGGUCAGUGUCAUCCCGCCUCUAAGGCAUCACCGCCUCAAGCCUUCGCAAUUCUCAUUGCAGGCUGCAAAUAGCACCACAAUCAGCACCUACGGCCAACGGUCCCUCACUUUAGAUCUUGGUCUCCGUCGACGUUUUCAAUGCGUCUUUAUUGAGGCUGACGUAAAAUCGCCCAUUAUCGGGGCCGACUUUUUGUCAUCUUUCGGCUUAACAGUCGAUGUCAGACACCGUCGCCUCACAGACACCACCACCAAACUCUUUUCUAUAAGUAUCAUUAGCUCUGAACGUUCGGUUAGCAUUCAUCUCACCAUCUCCAACACGCCUUUCGCUGACAUUUUGAAGGACUACCCGUCCAUCACUAAAGCAUGUCGUUUUACCGAAACCGUUCAACACGGAGUGCAACGCCACAUUGUCACGGCAGGGCAACCAGUGCACGCUCGUCCGCGUAGACUCCACCCUGACAAGCUCCGAAUAGCAAAGAACGAAUUUGAACAUAUGAUGAAUCUGGGCAUUAUACGCCCAUCAUCUAGCCCAUGGGCCUCACCACUGCACAUGGUGCCAAAGAAGUCCACUGACGAUUGGAGACCGUGCGGUGAUUAUCGAGCCCUAAACAGGUCCACAAUUCCUGACCGGUACCCCAUUCCCCACAUUCAUGACUUUUCCCACAUGUUAGCCGGUAAAACUAUUUUUUCCAAGAUAGACCUCGACAGGGCGUACCACCAAAUCCCGGUCGCUGAGGAAGAUACCCCAAAGACCGCUAUCACGACACCCUUUGGGCUGUUCGAAUUUAUUCGCAUGCCUUUUGGUUUGCGCAAUGCUACCCAGUCGUUUCAGCGUUUUAUCGAUGAGAUCUUGCGGGGCCUUCCAUUCGCUUAUGCCUACAUCGAUGGCAUACUCGUCGCAAGCUCUUCAGCAGAGGAACAUGCCUCGCAUUUACGCCUCAUAUUCGAUCGUUUCCAGCAACAUGGUCUGCAAUUAAACGUCGAAAAAUGUAUCUUUGGCGUCUCUUCUCUAGAUUUCCUUGGUCACCACGUCGACCAGCAUGGAAUCACACCGCUGCUAGAGGUGUAA